UUGGUCCCCCGAGGAUGCGGCGGCAGCUGAUUGGACGACAAGUUUCCCAUAGACUCCGCACCCCCUCCUCACCCCGCAGAUAUUCGUGGUCCGGUGCUGCUGAGAUUCCAGUGGUUUUCACGUCGCCUCACCAACAAAGAGACCCCGAGCCGCUGCCCCUCACAUCUCCAAAUGCAGUGAGUGAUGCGCAACUAACGACCGACGCUCCUUCGAGGCGAGAACCGAGAGAGCAGAAAUACACCUGUGCACUCAAGAAGAUACAUUAGGGAGAGAGUUUGAGAAGUUCCAGACGGACCUGACUGACCGGAAAGAGCGAAAAUGGUGUCCGCCGGACUGGAGCUCAUGGGACUGUCGCUGUGCGUAAUAGGCACGCUGCUGGUGAUGGUUUCGUGCGGGCUGCCCAUGUGGAAGGUGACGGCGUUCAUCGAGGCCAACAUCGUGGUGGCUCAGACGAUCUGGGACGGCCUGUGGAUGUCGUGCGUGGUCCAGAGCACGGGCCAGAUGCAGUGCAAGGUGCACGACUCCGUCCUCUCCCCUCACCACUAACUUGCGGGGUUCAAAACGUUUAUAACUUCUCUUCAAUUAUGGCUCACUAGUGUUUCAUGUUAUGUGAUCGCGGGCGCGCAGUGCACCAACUGCAUCCGCGCCGAGUACGUCAAAGCCCGGGUGGUGAACGCCGGAGGGGUGUUUCAUCGUCAGCGUCUGUUCGUGCUGGUGCCCCUCUGCUGGAUGGCCAACAGCAUCAUAUCGGACUUCUACAACCCGCAGGUGGCCCCGUCCAAGAAGAGGGAGAUCGGCGCCGCGAUCUACAUCGGCUGGGCGGCCACGGCGCUGCUGCUGAUCGGGGGGUCGCUGCUGUGCUGCUCCUGUCCGUCCAGCGGCAGCUCCGGAUACUCGGUGAAAUACGCGCCGACCAAGAGAGCCACGCCGAACGGGGAGUACGACAAGAGGAACUACGUGUAGCUCUCGUGGCUCGCGCACGGCGGCGCGUAAAACUUGACCUGCAGCUAUUUGAAGAAAAAAAAACUGUUCUUUUCACCUGCAGUUUUUUUUUAAACAUUUUUUAGAAAUCUGAACUUUAAAAAUCAAUGGAGGCACAUCUGCGUUUUUUUUUACUCUGGCCCUUCAAUUCAUUCGGACCAUAAAUUUUCAAAUCCUUUUUGUAUCUACAUGAGAUUCUCUCUUUUUUUUUUUUUACAAAAAACGUUCGACUAGAAGACGCAUGUACCUCACAGGAAAAAGGAGUAUCUCUGUUAGGUACAUGCUUUUUUAUGUCUUCAAAAUGAUUAUGCCUUGACUUGUUUACCGCUGAAAGUGCAAACGUUUUCUUCUCUCUUUUUUACCGUAACGCGCAUCGUCAGCACAAACUCUUACAGUAACAGUGAACGAAUUCACUCCCACGCGUUCCAGCAGCCGCUUCCUCGCGUGGAACAAGUGCGCCGAGGACUCCAGCUAUGUGACAAAGGAGGGAAAGUCUCGUGCGGGCUGUUGGUGAUGUUUCGGGACCGUGAGGUUUUGCGGUGCGUAAAUGUGGACGUGUAGAUUCCGCGUGUGGGAUCCGUGGGUGGCAACAUGACGUGUUAUUAUUGUCCGCAACCCGGCUGCACUGAGCACCUGCAACUUUUUCUUUUCAUUUCCUUUUUUUUUUGCAACACCGUCUCCGCAGGACGCUUUUUGUCACAAAUCUUGUUUUGUGUUAUGCUUGUAGACCUUUGCUGUAAUGAUUCAUUAUUUGUGUAUAUGCAGAUGCAAUAUUGUGUCAUUUUAUUAAGAUUAAACUGAAUAUAUUGUCUUGAA